AUAUUCAAUAUUGUCUUCUAUAGUUCUAUUAUUUAUGCACGUACGUGUAAACGUGUUAGUGGAACCCGCCAUAAUGGCGAUAUUAGAUAUGAAAUUAAAUUAGAUUACAUUCAUGCAACUCUAACGUAAACGUUUCGAAAUUUCGAAUUUUGUUGAUUUGUUUUCAGAUUAACAUUUAAAACUGUCGCACGGAGAUUAUAGAUAUCUCUAAAAUUAUAAUAUAGUAUAUUUAAAUAAAUAAAUUAUUUAAUUCAAUAUUUUUAAUAAUUUAUUGUUAAAUACUUUGGAAUAUAAUGAUUAUUUUAUAUUAUGAUAUGAUCAGUUAACUUUAUUGAUAUAACUUAAAUUCUUGAAUCUAUACAAUUAAUUGUUAGAGUACAUCUGAACUCCCAAUAUUGGUUUAUUUAUAACGAUAUUAUCAUGGCAGCAAGUAGCUCAUCUUCUUGGUCAGACAAAAACGAACAAAAAGUUUUUAAAUGUAGUGCAAAAGCAGCGACUAAACACCCUUUUUCCAUACUCAUGAUUGGUAAUACCAAUUGGAGCACUCAAAUAACAGAUGCAUUAAUUGAGUAUCAUGAAAACAAUCAUGUUUCAAAGAUUCAAGUGCACAAGGCACCAAGUGUAAAAUCAGCACUGUCUACACUGUCCAGUGUAUAUGCUGAUCUUGUAAUUAUUAUGUUGGACAUAAGUAAAAAUGAUUGUUUAGUAGAUGUAGAAGUUAAUUUAUUAGCCCUAGAACCAGCAUUAUUAUGUGGCAGAACUAUUUUAGUAAACCCGAAAAAUAGUAUUAAACGUAAAGAUAUGGGAGUUUCUUAUGAAAAUAUUGACAGUCUUAAAAGAAAAUAUAAUUUACUUAUUUUACAUGGAAAUAUAGAUGAUUACAUUAGUAGAAUGUUUUUAGCUAGAAGAAUCAUGGUUUAUUCCUAUAAAAUAAAUAAAAACGGUUUACCAAACAUUUUAGAGUUUAAUUCUGUUGAUAUGUAGACUAAUAGAUAAUUUAUUUAUUUGUUUUUUUUUGUAUAAUUUAUAAUUACAUUGUAAAUAAAACAACAUGUAAAUACAUGUAAAUUAUUUAUUUA